GUUUUUUCGGCUGUCUCUCCUCAAAUCGCGCUUUCUGAUUGGCUAAAGACUUUGUUUAUUUUCUUCGUCCGAAGUCAAGUUCGGUUUCAUUAACAACCUGUCAAAUCCGAGGACAGCUGGGAAACCGUCAACUCCUCGUCCCAUUUCCCUUAGAAAGAUGCUUAAUUUCCUCGUUUUGGUCGCUCUGUGAUCCAGAGAAAAUCUCUUCUGAAUUAUACUGAAAAAUAAACAACUUCCUGAGUCUGAAUAACCAACAUAGCAGUAUUCUUACAUUCCAAUAACCAUUCACCUGCACCUGGCUAAUCCUCAUUCAACCAACUUUCCAACAAACUGACACACGCACUCUCCGCCGGUGAGCCCACUGCCUUUCCUGCAGGCUGGGUACGGAGCUGGUCUGGCCGCGUGCCCCUCCAGCUCUGUGUGUUAGUGUGAGAUGGGGCGGCAGGAAGCAGAGGGUUGCUGCCGCUGCGGACUGUAAUGUCAGAGCCCAGCAGCCCCGGCGUGAGCCAGCGUGGCGCUCCCAGAUUCUUCGUGGGCUGCGCGGAGGAUGAGAGCGAAGGCCUGGACGACUACACCAGCAUGAGGACAGACAUGGAGCUGUACGAAGAUGACCUGGAGAAUGACUCGCCUCCAGAGUGUCAGAUCGUGGUGGGGAUUUGCUGUAUGAUGAAGAAAUCAAAGUCCAAACCCAUGACUCAGAUCUUGGAGCGACUAUGUAAGUUUGAGUACAUCACCGUGGUCAUCUUUCCUGAGGACGUCAUACUCAAUGAUCCGGUGGAAAAGUGGCCGCUCUGUGACUGCCUGAUCUCUUUUCACUCGAAAGGUUUCCCCCUGGACAAGGCAGUGAGUUAUGCAAAACUCCGUAGUCCGCUGCUCAUCAAUGACCUUAAUAUGCAGUAUUACAUACAGGACAGGAGGGAGGUAUAUCGUAUUCUGCAAGAGGAGGGAAUAGAUCUGCCACGCUAUGCUGUGUUAAAUCGCGACCCUGACAAACCCGAAGAAUGCAGCCUGGUUGAGGCAGAAGACCAAGUUGAAGUUAAUGGCGAAGUCUUUCUCAAACCCUUUGUGGAGAAGCCAGUUUCUGCUGAGGACCAUAAUGUGUACAUCUACUACCCAACUUCAGCUGGAGGAGGCAGCCAACGCCUCUUCAGAAAGAUUGGGAGCAGAAGUAGUGUUUACUCUCCAGAAAGCAGUGUGAGGAAAACUGGCUCCUAUAUUUAUGAAGAGUUCAUGCCAACUGAUGGCACAGAUGUGAAGGUGUACACAGUAGGGCCAGAUUAUGCUCACGCAGAGGCUCGUAAGUCUCCUGCUCUCGACGGCAAAGUUGAGCGAGACAGUGAAGGCAAAGAAAUUCGCUACCCGGUCAUGCUGACUGCUAUGGAGAAACUUGUGGCCCGUAAAGUGUGUCUGGCAUUCAAGCAAACAGUGUGUGGAUUCGACCUCCUCAGAGCAAACGGUCAUUCAUAUGUCUGUGAUGUCAACGGCUUUAGCUUUGUGAAGAAUUCAAUGAAAUACUAUGACGACUGUGCAAAGAUUCUAGGCAAUAUUGUGAUGAGGGAGCUGGCUCCUCAGUUCCAGAUCCCCUGGUCCAUACCUACAGAGGCAGAGGACAUUCCUAUUGUCCCUACGACAUCAGGCACUAUGAUGGAGCUGCGCUGUGUGAUCGCUGUGAUCCGUCAUGGAGAUCGAACACCAAAACAGAAGAUGAAGAUGGAAGUGCGGAACCCCAUGUUUUUUGAGAUGUUUGAAAAAUAUGGUGGCUAUAAAACUGGUAAACUGAAGCUUAAGAAACCCAAGCAACUGCAGGAAGUUCUGGACAUUAGCAGAACACUAUUGGCAGAUAUGGGACAGCAUACUGACUGUGAGAUUGAAGAGAAGAAGUCCAAACUUGAACAACUGAAGACCGUUUUAGAAAUGUAUGGCCAUUUCUCCGGAAUCAAUAGGAAAGUACAGCUCACCUAUCUUCCUCGUGGACAACCCAAAACAUCCAGUGAGGAGGAAGGUAUGAAGACUACAUAUGAAUGUGGUUUUCUUGAAUCGUCACAACACUGCGGGCUCACAGAUACACCUCAAUAUACCCGUAAGGAGGGCCCAUCUAUACUGCUGGUGCUGAAGUGGGGAGGAGAGCUGACUCCAGCUGGUAGAGUUCAGGCUGAAGAACUGGGUAGAGCUUUCCGCUGCAUGUAUCCUGGAGGUCAAGGGGAUUAUGCUGGCUUUCCAGGGUGCGGCCUUCUCAGGCUACACAGCACAUACCGGCAUGACCUCAAGAUCUAUGCCUCUGAUGAGGGCAGGGUGCAAAUGACUGCUGCUGCAUUCGCUAAGGGUCUCUUGGCGUUAGAAGGGGAGCUGACACCCAUCCUGGUCCAGAUGGUAAAAAGUGCAAAUAUGAACGGCCUGUUGGAUAAUGAUAUCGAAUCCCUCAGCGGCUGUCAGCAGAGGGUUAAGGCCAGACUGCAUGAGACCAUGCAGAAAGAUCAAACCUUCGUAGAAGAAGACUUUGACAGGCUGGCUCCAACAAACAGCAAUUCCCUGGUGAACUCUAUGAAGGCUGUGGAAAAUCCAGUGAGCACAUGUGAUAAAGUCUAUACCCUUAUCCAGAGCCUCACCUCACAGAUCCGCAAAAGACUUGAAGACCCCAAAUCAGCAGAUUUGCAGCUGUACCACAGCGAGACACUGGAGAUGAUGUUGCAGCGCUGGUCUAAAUUGGAAAGGGACUUCCGUAUGAAGAGCGGCCGCUAUGACAUAAGCAAAAUUCCUGAUAUUUACGACUGUGUGAAGUAUGACCUGCAACACAAUGCUUCCCUGGGACUGGAGGAUAUGCUGGAACUCUUCAAGCUUUCCAGAGCACUAGCUGACAUUGUUAUACCACAGGAGUAUGGCAUUAAUAAGGUGGAGAAGCUGGACAUUGCGUAUGCCUACUGUCUGCCUUUAGUGAAGAAGAUUCAGCUGGACCUACAGAGGACACACGAGGACGAGUCGGUUAACAAGCUACAUCCAUUAUAUUCACGUGGAGUCCUGUCUCCAGGCAGACAUGUUCGAACUCGGCUGUAUUUCACGAGCGAGAGUCACGUCCACUCCCUUCUUAGCAUCUUCCGUUAUGGUGGCUUAUUGAAUGAGGAGAAAGAUCAGCAGUGGAAGAGAGCCAUGGAUUAUCUAGCCGCAGUGUCUGAGCUCAACUACAUGACCCAGAUUGUCAUCAUGCUCUAUGAAGACAACAAUAAGGACCCAUCCACCGAGGAGCGUUUCCAUGUGGAGCUGCAUUUCAGCCCGGGGGUCAAAGUAACAGAGGAGGAGAGCGCUCCAAUGGGCUUUGGCUUUCGACCAGCCUCAGCUGAAAAUGACCAGAAGCAAACAGACCCUGGGAGUUUGGAAAACCUUGCACAAGAUGAACCCGACCAAGCCUUGCCUCUUUCAGAUGCCAUCAGCUCCCAGAGGAAAUCCCCGCUGAUCCGAAAUCGCAAGACUGGUUCUAUGGAGGUCCUGUCAGAGAGCUCGUUCUUUAAAGGGGGAAACUAUCGCCUCUUUCCCUCCUGCUCACGUCAGUCUCCAGAGAUGAAGCAGAGUGGAUUAGGCUCACAGUGCGCUGGCCUCUUCAGCACCACCGUCCUGGGGGGCUCGUCUAGUGCCCCCAACCUUCAGGACUACGCACGUACACACCGCAAAAAAUUCUCCUCAGGCAGUUUGACCUAUAAAGACGAGUUGUUGUCUAUGCCGGCAGUAAAACGAUUUUCUGUGUCGAUUGCAAAGCAUCCGACUAAUGAGCCCCUGGAGGAGCAUCAGGUAGCCCAGCUGCUGAGGCGCUUUUCCAACGACCCCAAAAUUGGCCACCCGUUGUCUUUGGACAGUGCUUUUGCCCACCACCUCCAUCAGUGCUCCUAUCAUCUCCGUCUCUUCCGGAACUGGUUAAUCUCCGGCCAGGAUCCGCUAGAGUACCUCUACGGUUUUGAAGGCUGUUCCAUGGUGCCCUCCAUCUACCCUCUCGAGACCCUCCACAACUCCCUGUCGCUGAAACAGGUGAAUGAGUUCCUGACGGCCAUGUGUGAGAAUGCAGAGGAUUCCCAUACCAGGACAACCAGAGCGCUCUCAGCCAUGUUUGAUUCCCAAAACCAACCUUCAGUGGACUCAUACAUUCCUCAGAGAGUGCUGACUUCAUCUGUUUCACUGCGCCAGCGCUCUGAUAGGCCACCGUGGUACAGCAGUGGUCCUUCCAGUACAGUGUCUAGCGCCGGUCCCUCAUCGCCCACCACGGCAGACACCUCCCCACGCUUCAGCUUUAGUGAAAAAGUCACCCUCACCCCUCAGAGCAGUGAGGAAAUCCAUCCGGCCCUGCACAACACCAACCAGUGUGUGUCCUCCACAUCUGCACACAGCCUCAACUCUGAGGAAACAAAUCCCUUAGCACCAUCUCCAAUCCUGGAGAGACCCAGUGAGAUGCCCAUGGACAGAACAGACUCUGCAGGCCAGUUUCUAACAGAGAGCCCAUGUUGCGGUGAAGCCGAGGAAGCCCCCGAAGAGUCCAGUCCCCCCUGUUCACACUUGGCAGAAAGCUUACCGAUGGACUCUUUCUGCGGGCUGCCCGGAUCCUUACCCGUGCUCCUCGAGCUCAGAGAGAGCAGUUCUGAAGCAGGCUCCAGUGCCCAAACUCCUGUCACCCCUGAAGAGCAAGAUGAGUUCUUUGAUACCCAGGAAACAGUUGAGGUGUGGAGGGUGAGUCCAGGGGCACUGCCUCACCCCGGCACUCCUCUCGAAGUGGGUGCUCCAAAUGUGCCUGAGCCUUGAAGGAGACCAGGAAAAUCUUGUCAACCGUGCAUCCCUGUAGUCACCUAGCAUGCUGUCGCUAUAGUGCGUUGGAGACCUUUAUUAUUUCUGAUACGAAUCCAGUCAAAGGACAAAGUGGGGUUUGAGUACAUAAAGAACGUUGUGGAAAUGUAAGCCUUGCUUAUAUACAAUUUGCACCUGUUACCUGACUUAUUACAUUUCUGUGUGUGAUACUGUAGUGGUCAUUCAGAGAUGUCCGCUGUGUAACCGUUGACCUUUUCUUACUGUUGCAGUUGGCAAUAGUGAAAUGGCCAGUGAUCCAACAUAAGCUGGUAGAUGCACUGAAGAUCCACAUUCAAGUUAUUAUGUUCACAUUUUAUCUUCCUUAAUACUGUGUGCGUUUUUCAUCAUUGGCUAGUCUGAAAGAUAUUUUUCUAAGGGACUUAGUGUUUGAUACAAGCUUAUGUUUAGGGAAGGACUUUGACUGCAAUAGGCAAGAUAAACUCUUGAAUAAUUUAUACAGCUAGAUGUAUAUUAAAUAAACGCUAACGGUUUUAUGACUAUUUGCCAAAGUCUGCUACACCACUGUCGUAAUUUAAUAAAUCAUAAUAAAAUAUAUGUAUAAUAUA